GGGGCUCGAUUCAAAAUGACCCCCAAUUUGACCCCCUCCUCUUUCCUUCUUCGUCCCCCCAAAGCAAUUCGUCCCAUUCCAUCUCUCUCUCUGUGCUCUCUCGCUUGCUGCUCUUCCUCUCCAAUGGCGAUUGCUGCGGAGACUCAGCCCCAGGAGAAGUCUUCUUCAGAAGUUUCAGCAGCUGAGAAGCGGAGGUGGACGCUUAAUGACUUUGACAUUGGCAAGCCUCUUGGACGAGGGAAAUUCGGACAUGUUUACUUGGCAAGAGAGAAAAUGAGCAAUCAUAUUGUGGCACUGAAAGUUCUCUUCAAGAGCCAGCUGCAACAGUCUCAGGUUGAGCAUCAGCUCCGGCGUGAAGUAGAGAUACAGAGCCAUCUUCGACAUCCCAAUAUUUUACGACUUUAUGGGUAUUUUUAUGAUCAGAAACGAGUUUACUUGAUACUAGAAUAUGCAGCCAAAGGCGAACUCUAUAAGGAACUCCAAAAGUGUAAAUACUUCAGUGAAAGGCGUGCAGCUACUUAUGUCGCAUCUUUAGCUCGGGCGCUCAUUUAUUGUCAUGGCAAACAUGUCAUUCACAGAGAUAUCAAGCCAGAGAAUCUGUUGAUUGGAGCUCAGGGUGAACUUAAGAUUGCAGAUUUUGGGUGGUCAGUACAUACAUUUAAUCGUAGAAGAACCAUGUGUGGAACAUUAGACUACCUUCCACCGGAAAUGGUUGAGAGUGUAGAGCAUGAUGCAAACGUAGAUAUUUGGAGCUUGGGAGUCCUAUGCUAUGAGUUUCUGUAUGGGGUUCCACCAUUUGAAGCAAAGGAACAUUCGGAUACAUACAGAAGGAUUGUGCAAGUGGACCUGAAGUUCCCUUCGAAACCGAUCGUCUCUUCUGCUGCAAAGGACCUUAUUAGUCAGAUGCUAGUAAAGGAUUCAUCACAGCGUCUGCCUCUACACAAGCUUCUUGAGCAUCCGUGGAUUAUUCAAAAUGCAGAACCCUCUGGCAUCUACAGGGGUUGAUUGAUUCACUUUCAUUGAUGUGAUUAAUGAAUCUGAUGGGUCUUAUUAGUAAAUCCUGACAAAGAAUUUUGGGGGGUUCUAGGAGUGUACUCCAGAGAACUCGGGGUAUUUUCAUCUGUUUGGAUAAAUGUAUCAGUAACAUUUGUGCACAAACCCCCCAUGCGCAGCAUAUAUGCUUGUAACAGUUGGCUCAUAUUCAAU